AGGUGGGCAGCCUAGCAGGACCAGCAGCAGCGACGCCUAUCGAAGCGCUUGCAUCACCCGCGCCUGCGCACUACGCCCGAGCCAAAGCCUCGGCCAAAGCAAACGGAGCCACUUCCCCGCCUAUUCAAGGAAGGAGGCGGGGCUCCAAGGGGCCGCUGGGAGGCGUAGUUCCUCUCCUCCGGCAAAGGAUGCUGGGAACCCGGGGCGUCUCCUCGCUCCCGCUGCAUGCUGGGAACGGUAGUUUCCUAGUCUCCCAAGGUGGUGCCUUGGAACAGAUGCGCGGCCGGCGUUGGAGAUCGGCGGCAUCCAAGGCUCGGAUCGGGCGGUUUUGGGGGUCCGGCUGGAGAGAGGGGACCCCCCCCCCGCCUCUGCCCAGAUUUUGGGGAAAGCCUUGAGUAUCUGCUCUAUUUGUCAAUUUAUCAGAAUGGUAGCUGGGGUGCCGGGAAAGUUUAGCAACUACAGCUGAUGAAAAGACGAGACCAACAUGGCUGGAACAAAGCGCCUUGAGCCUGCCAAGUCCAUUUAAUGCAACGUUUCUGAAACUUGGCCACUUUGAGAUGGGUGGACUUCAAGUCCCAGAACCCUCCAUUGUUGGUUUACACAAGACUUGCUAAGUUUGAGAAACAUGGAUUUUUUGAAGCAAGGCCCAUGAUCACUGGAUAGGCCUCUUUUCCUGAAACGUCCCUCGCCUUGCCGUGUGUGUGGAAUUGUGCAGAUUUAAAUCAAGUCCCCCCCAGUUGCCUCUGAAGGGGCCUGCAGGUCCUUGCAGAUUUGUAAAAGAUGAUGGGCGUCGGGGUCCUGGCAGAUCCGAAGGGAGACCUUUACAAGGACCUCGCGUUUCCGGCUAGCGACGGUUCUCUGUUUUUCAACUGUUCUACUCCGUUGGCCCAGUUCAAAGGAGAAAUUUACUGGCUGAGACCUCAGGAGAUCUGCUCUUCGCCUCGCUUAUUUUCAGACAAUCAGCACGAAUGGCAGGUCAAGCAAGGCAUGCUGGGAGACUGCUGGUUUCUCUGUGCUUGUGCCGCUUUGCAGAAGAACAAAUACCUGCUCACCAAGGUGAUACCUCCAGGCCAGCCCAGUUGGAAGGAUGAGAAAUACCGCGGCUGCUUCACUUGUCGUAUCUGGCAGUUUGGCCACUGGGUAGAGGUGACCAUCGAUGAUCGGCUGCCUUGUCUGGGGGGCAAGCUCUGUUUCUCCCAGUGCCAGACGGAAGACGUAUUUUGGCUUCCCCUGCUGGAGAAAGCUUAUGCCAAGGUUCAUGGGUCUUAUGAACAGCUCUGGGCAGGACAGGUAGCCGAUGCCCUUGUUGAUCUGACCGGAGGCCUUGCGGAACGCUGGUCGCUGAAAGACCUGAGCCAAAAUCCUGAACGGGAGCGGGCCGGCAAAGUCUUGGAGAAAACGGUGUUCAGACGGUUGAUGAACCUGAAGGAGAAAUGUGUCAUGAGCUGUUCCGUCUUCAGUUCACGGCAAGGGACCAGCCAGCUGGGAGAGUUCCACGCCUUCAUUGUGGUUGACAUGCAGGAUCUUUCCAAAGUGUCCAGGAAAGAGACCAUCCUGCUGCGGAUCCGGAAUCCCUGGGGGAGGCGUUGCUGGAAAGGCCCUUGGAGGGAAGGAGGGCCUGGAUGGAAUCAAUUGGAUCCGGUGGUGGGCGCUGAACUUUUAUCCCAGCUGCAGGAGGGAGACUUUUGGGCUGAAGAAGAGGAAUUUUUCAUGGAAUUUGAUGAGGUCAUCACCGGAUAUCCUGUCACAGAAGAAGGACAGCUUCAGAGCCUUUACACUGACAAAGUGCUGAGCCACACGCAGAAGCUGUAUGGGUCCUGGGUGCGGGGGCAGUCUGCAGGGGGUUGCCGUAACAACAGCACCUUCCCCACGAACCCCAAGUUCUGGCUGAGAGUCUGCGAGCAGAGCGAGCUGUGCAUCGCCCUCCUGCAGAAGCCCCGGAAGCACAGCACCGAUUGGGCUGGCAGGAUUCGCGCCUGGCCUCGCCUCCCGGAAGCCGACCCGUCCCUGGUGGAUAACGUCCGAGGGAAGAAUUACCAUGCCGUGGGCUUGCACAUAUGGAAGAUUGAGAAGAAACAGUUCAACCUUCCCAAGACGUUCUCCGCGCCCCCGGUAGCGAGCACGGCGUGUCAUUCCUUCAACCGAGAGGUGCAUCUCCAUUGUGAGCUUUCUCCUGGAUACUACCUGGUCGUUCCCAGCACUUUCUUGAACAAUACGGAAGGGAAUUUCCUGCUCCGGGUUUUCUCCAGUGGCAGAAUUUCUCUCAGUGAGAUCAAGCUGCCUUUGCUGGAUAACACCAUCCACGAAGCGUUCCCAGGGGGCGAGUGGGAGACGGCUCAGCUGGAGGGAUCGUGGAAGAAAGGCCACAGCGCCGGGGGCAGCCGCAACUUCCCUUCGUUCCACACCAAUCCCUGCUUCCCUUUGUCGGUUCCCGCCGGGUUUGGACAGAGAAGCGUCAAGGUGUCCCUCCGUCAGCACUGCCCGGAUAACAAGUGCCGUCCCAUUGGCUUUCAUAUCUUCCAGGUUCCCAGUGACAACAACCAUGUGAAAAUGGCCUCCACGGCUUUCCUGCAAUUGGAGCCGGUGGUUAGUUGUGUGCCUCAUUGCUACUCUCAGGAAAUAAGUCAGACGUGUCGGCUGCCUUCAGGGAAUUACGCCAUUGUCCCAUCGACAUACUUGCCCGACACGGAGGGCAGCUUUACAGUGAUUGUAGCAAGGAAGAUAGACAGGAAGAGCAUUUGGAGCAAGGAGACUUUGGGACAAAGGCUGCAAGAGGUCUCUUUCAAGGCUGUGAUGAAAAUGUAAUUUUUGGAGUGAUCCUUUUCCUGCAGGAAGACAUAAGGGAGACCUUUAGAAGGAAGCCAAACUUGUUUUAGUUUAAAUUGAAAUCAUUCCAAAAUCUACGUUGGAUCUCCAAGCUUCUUGGGUUAGAAGAACAUCUGUGACUUUUAACCAACUUUUCUGUAGAAACAAACUUGAGUGACAUCCCAGCUCAAGUUUCCCUCCUGUUUUGGUUUUUUUUUCCCCCUUUUUUAAAAAAAUACAUAUCUGAAUUUCAACUGAUGUUGAAAUCGUCAAAAUUUCUUCCUGGUUUUGCCUGUGUUUCUAUUCCUUUCGUUUCUCAUUCCGGCCACCUUUAAACAUCGAUGAAAAUUUGUGUACAUGUGAUGAUGUUCAAAUUGGUUUUGGGUCCGUGGCGAAUAAUAUUCUUUCGGUGUGGUGUGCGUGCUUGUAUUUUCGUAGCGAUCAGCACUUCUGCAGAGAGAUAGGAUUGCCAACGAAAACGGAAGGAACGAUGCUGGAAAAAGAAGAUGCGGUUAUAAAACACGUCAGAAAAGUUGAAGCUGCAAAAAAGUUGGAAUGCGCCACAAUCGGAGCUUUGGCCGUCCAAAAGAUUUUGAAUUUGAACUAUUCCAAUUUUCCUCCCUGGCCUCAUCUUGAGUUGAAAAAAAAAUAAAAUGAGACAUUUUGAUUAUUGAUGAAGUGUUUUGGGCUCAAAACUGAGGGUUUUUUGAAAGCGAACCAAAGAUGCUUUGAGCUGGAAAUAUUUUCCUAAAUGAUCAAGACAAUCUUUCAAAAUGCGCGUCAGCCAUUUUGUGUUCAAAGGGAGACGUUUUACAGUCGAGAGAGGUCAGAAUGAAUGGGUUUUGCACACCGCCAGUGCUGGGUUCUUCUAGUCUGUAGGGCUCAAGAGCAAUAAAAUUAGAGCAUAAAUUUGGUUUCCAGUAUACAAACAUCAGUGUCUGCAUGAUGUGGUCAAAACAGGGUAAGUGGAUUUGUGAAUUCUGUAGUGUAUAUAGUGACAUCAUUUUAUCACAAGCGUCCGUUGGGUUAUUUGCGCAAGACAUCAUUAUGGCUUGUGCUGGACUCUUUUAUCACAUGGUAGGUCUGCUCUAAACCAGGUUCCGGCCCUGUUUAAACCUGGUCUAGGCCAGCCCAGAGAUCCUAGCUCUCCAGAUACUUCUGAGAGACUGUGGCAUUGGUCCUCCACUGUGGAUUCGUUUGUUGUUUUAUAGUGCAGUUUUCCUCUUGGGCAUCACCCGUACCGGAACCAUUGGCUUCUUUAUGACUUGUGGACUUCAACUAUAAGGGCCGGUUUAGCUCACGCUGGUAAAGCCUGUUAUUAAGAACACAGUAGCCUGCAAUUACUGCAGGUUCGAGCCUGGCCCAAGGUUGACUCAGCCUUCCAUCCUUUAUAAGGUAGGUAAAAUGAGGACCCAGAUUGUUGGGGGGGCAAUAAGUUGACUUUGUAAAUAUACAAAUAGAAUGAGACUAUUGCCUUAUACACUGUAAGCCGCCCUGAGUCUUCGGAGAAGGGCGGGGUAUAAAUGUAAACAAAAACAAAAAAAAAAACUCCCAGAAUUCCUAGGCUGGCUCAGGAAUUCUGGGAGUUGAAGUCCACAAGUCAUAAAAGAGGUCCAAUGGUUCCUCACCACUGUUAUAAACAAACAUCCCUCAACAUUGAUCUUGAACUCUUCGUGAGCUGUUGUUGAGCAGCACAGGAAGCACCUUAAAUUCCCCCAUAAGAGCACGACGGAAGCGGGAGACAGCGUGGCAAAUUGGCAGAGAAGAGAUUUACACCGCGAAAUCUCUCUGGCGCUCCAUUUCCUGCUCAACUCUUUAUUUAUUUAUUUAUUUAUUUAUUAUGAAACUUAUUUGCCGCCUAUCUCGGGUCAAAGGCUAAAUAAAUGUUCGGGUGCUGCCCAAGAAAAAGAUGGCGCAAAAACGAGUUGAACUGGCGGUUGUUGGAAGAAAAGAGUUAUUCGUGGCUUUCUUUAGGACAGUGUUUCUCCACCUGGGCAAAUUGAAGAUGGGCGGACUUCAACUCCCAGAGUUCCCCAGCCAGCAUGUGGGAUUCUGGGAGUUGGAGUCCACCCGAUUUCAAGUUGCCGCAGUUGAGAAACACCGUUCUAGUGUGCGUUUCCUUGACAAUUUUUCAACGUCUAUCCCAUUUCAUCUCUCCAUUUUCUUCCAUCUUUUGUUUCUUCACCCUUUUUCCUUAUUUUUGUUAUUUAAAUUUCAUCUCUCCAUUUCCUUCACCUUUCCUAUCUUCAGUCCGGUGUUUCCCUUAUUUUUGUUAUUUAAAUUUCGUCUGUUCAUUUUCUCCACCUUUCCUUUCGUCAGUCCAACGUUUCUCUUAUUUUUGCUAUUUAAAUUUCAUCUCUCCAUUUCCUUCACCUUUCCUUUCGUCAGUCCAAAAAAAAAUUUUUUUCCCCUUAUUUUUGUUACUUAAAGAGAGUCACAUUUGCUGGUCAAAGAACAUCUGGGGAAAAAAAAUGCUGUCCGUUUCCCAUCCCUGCCAAAAUACACGGUCCCAUUUUCCCUUUUAUUAUCUAGGUAAUUGAGACCGUGGCAGAGUUAAAAUACAACUAUUCAGGGAAGUGAUUUCUGGAAAAGAUUAUACUCAAUGGAGUGGCAAAGAUUUUUAUGGUGUUUCUGUCAUAAAAAAACGUCGAUCAGGAAGGUUGGAAAUACCUUAUAAAAGGAAGAAAUGCGAUAUCAGGCAAAAUAUAAAUCUGGAUUAUUAUUUUGCUAUCCCGACUUUCCUUCCAGUAGCUCAUACAGUAUUCGUUUCAUUUUCCCUCAGUAUCGUUGGAGAGCAUUUUUUAAAAGAUUAAGAUUUGGAAACACUGUGUUUUCAUUUUGUUUCUAAAUAAGUGAGGUGGUGUUGAAAUGUCUUUUGAAAUAAAAAUAAUAAUAAUAAAAAUGUGGACUAGCAAUAUGAAAAAAA